AUGGCUGACGUGAUCGUUGCACAGAUGGAAGCUGAAACCUCAGCUAGUGAUGCGUAUUGGAUCUGGAUCUCGCGAACGUCGCCGCCGCGGUUCAAUACCAAUAUCAUGGAUAAGGGCGAGGAACAGAAACGGAUGGAAACAAUGCUGGUGCCUAGGCCAUCUAAGUAUCUAGGUAGACGUGAUUCUCUGAAGGUGCUAUGGCAGAGGAGGGGAGGAAAGGGGGAGGAAAGGGAGAAUAGGAAAAAGGAGGAGAGAAGAAGAAACGGAGCAGUCUUCGCUUUCUUCCGUUCUUGUGCAUCAAAGAUCGACGGAUUCGAUGAUUUGUGA